ACCUGCCUCCCACAGCUUAUCAAGAAUGGACGGAAAUGAUAGUGUGCUCUUCUGAAUGCUACUUGCUCACUGCCCUGCAGCCCAGGAAUUGUAAUGGGCUGUUAUCUAGCACAGCCAGCAGAGUACCUAGCCAAAGGUUAGUUUAAAACUUUAGCUGCGUAAUGGGAAGAGAGAGAAAAACGAGGUAAUAGUAAAUGGGAACGUAGAUGAUGGUGACAUGGAUGGUGACACUGAUGAUAAUGGUGAUGGCGGAGGCGAAAAAUGUUCUCAUGAUAGUGGCAGACGAUGGUGGCCUUGAAAUGAAAGUGUAUGGGAACUCUGUGAUUGACAUGCCUCACCUGGACGCCCUGGCCAGACGCAGUGUGGCGUUCACACGCGCCUUCACCUCCGUCAGUAGCUGCUCACCCUCGCGCUCCGCCAUUCUGACGGGGCUGCCCACUCACCAGAACGGCAUGUACGGCCUACACCAGGGCUACCACCACUUUAGUUCCUUCGAGGGCGUGCGAAGCCUGCCGGGGAUCCUGGCGGACGCGGGCGUGCGCACUGGUAUCAUCGGCAAGAAGCACGUCGGUCCCGAAACUGUGUAUCCCUUCGAGUUCGCGCACACGGAGGAGACGGAGUCCAUCCUGCAAGUGGGGCGAAACAUCACCCGCAUCAGGCAACUGGCGCGGCAGUUCCUUCAAAAUAACGACACCCGCCCUUUCUUCCUGUACGUGGGCUUCCACGACCCGCACCGCUGUGGUCACACUAACCCCGAGUACGGUCAGUUCUGUGAGAAGUUUGGCGACGGUGAGGCUGGAAUGGGGGUUAUUCCGGACUGGCGACCGGUGCGCUACACCCCCCAGCAGGUAGUCGUACCUUACUUCGUGCAGGAUACUCCCGCUGCCCGAAACGACCUGGUGGCGCAGUACACCACGCUCUCACGCCUCGACCAGGGCGUGGGGCUCCUGAUGGAGGAGUUGGCCCACGCCGGCCACUUCAAUGACACUCUAGUAGUCUACACUUCCGACAACGGUAUUCCCUUCCCCGCCGGAAGGACCAACUUAUACGACCCCGGACUGGUGGAGCCGUUGCUGGUGUCUUCUCCGGCGCAUCAAGAACUCUGGGGUAACACUUCCAGUACUCUCACCUCCCUCCUCGAUCUCACGCCCACAGUACUGGACUGGCUGCAAGUCCGCUACCCUAACUACACCAUCCUCAGGAAGGAUCAACCAGCGGUACUAACCGGAAAAUCGCUCCUUCCAUACCUCGAGCACGCUGGGGUAGACGCGCGCAAGCCCGAUCGAGGCGUGGGCGUGUCCAGAAAGAUGGGCGUGUGGGUGCCGGACGUGGGAGCAGCUGGAUCAGAACCGGCAGUGUUCGCCAGUCACGAUCUUCACGAAGUCACGAUGUACUAUCCGAUGCGCGCCGUCCGCACGCCAUCCUUCAAGCUCAUCCAUAACCUUAACUUCAAGAUGCCUUUCCCCAUCGACCAGGACUUUUACCUGUCGCCAGUCUUCCAGGACAUCCUCAACCGCACGCAGGAGGCGCUGCCUCUUCCAUGGUACAAGACCCUCCGCACCUACUAUUACCGCGACCAGUGGGAGCUGUACGACCUGAAGGCGGACCCCCAGGAGCGCUACAAUGUAGCCGGGAAGGGGCGCUACCAGGCGGUGCUGGGGGUGCUGCAGGCUCGGCUGGGGGCCUGGCAGAACACUACCUACGACCCAUGGCUGUGUGGGCCCUCGGCUGUACUCCAGGACUCGGGCCCCUAUGCCUCGCACCAUGUCUGUCUUCCACUCUACAACGACCUCUGAUAACUCACCACUGUAACCCUCCUCCCACGACCCGCUACCGCAACCUCCUGUACGAGACACCUCCAAGCCUCCCAUCCCCAAUAUUCCACUCUCCCACCAACAACCUGACUGAUCAAAGAUCGGUCCGCUAGGAGCGGACAGAGAAUCGAGCCUCCAAUACUUGCGCUGAAUUACUCUCACGAGUUUAGCGCUUUCUGUGAUUGUGGGAAGUUAGAUCUGGAUCAUUCACACUUAACAGAAAAUAGUUAACCUUUAAAAGAGUUUUGUCUUGACGCCGGAGAAAGGCUCUUCAUCCAGGGAGUUCGAGCCUUCCUUCUUUCCUUGCAUCAAAAUUAAUUAUCCCCCCCCCAGUCCCCAUGCUCUGGGUGGGCCCUACGGAUGGGAGGUGGUUUAAUACUGAAGCUCUCACUAUGACUACAAUUACUACUACCAACAACAACAACAA